AUGCAAUCAAAACUCAUUUUCAAACUAAACGUAGGUAUACAAUCUUACGCUUGGGGUAAAAAAGGUCGUUCUUCACUCGCUGCUCAAUUAGGAGAGAAAUCUGUGGUUGGGUUUGAAUCUGAUGAAGAGAAGACUUAUGCAGAGUUAUGGAUGGGAACACAUCCUACACUUCCUUCAACUCUAACCGCAACAUCUACACUUUUAUCAGAUCAUUUGGAAAAACAUCCAGAAUUGAUAGGUCAUAAAGUCCUUUCUGCAUUCCCAGAAAGUAAAAAAGGUUCAUUACCUUUUUUAUUCAAAGUUCUUAGUAUUGGGACCGCUUUGAGUAUACAAGCUCAUCCUGAUAAAGAAUUGGCCAAGAAGUUGUUUGAUGAACGUCCGGAUGUAUAUAAAGACAACAACCAUAAACCCGAAAUGGCCAUCGCCCUCACGCCUUUCCUGGCGUUUUUGAACUUCCUCCCCCUUCCUCAAAUCCUUCUUCAUCUUCUCACCGUCCCAGAACUAUCUUUCAUCCCUUUUUCCCUCACAAACUCCCUCGCCGCUUCCCUUUCCCUCCCUACUACUCUCCCACCGGACACAUCAUCUUUCACAUCCACCGAUGCUCCGACGGAAGAACAAAGACAAAUCCUCAAAGAUAUAUUCGAAGCGUUCAUGUCUGCCCCCGAGUCGGUGUACAAACCCGCUGUGAGAUCUCUGGUGGAGAGGUAUGAGAAGAACGAAAGUUUGACACCUAACGAGGAAAGUUUGAGAGAGUUGACUUUGAUGUUGGAUGAACAAUAUCCUGGGGACGUAGGUGUUUUAUGUGUGUUUUUGUUAAAUGUCGUGGAGUUGCAAGUUGGUCAGGCGGCGUUUUUAGGAGCUAACAUGCCUCAUGCGUAUAUCUCUGGAGACAUUAUCGAAUGUAUGGCGACAUCUGACAAUGUCGUUCGCGCUGGUCUCACUCCUAAACUUCGAGACGUCCCAACUCUAGUUUCGAUGUUAACAUACGAUGCUGGUCCAGGAUCAAAACAACUCUUACGGCCUGUGAAGUUUUCCACAAAUUCGGAAUUAUACGAUCCUCCCAUUGAUGAAUUCUCAGUGGUCAAGGUGUCGUUAGGAAGUGCAGAGAUAGAUGAACACAAAGCGGUGGAAGGACCAAGUGUGGUUGUUGUUACUUCUGGGAGAAAGACGGCGAGAAGAGGGCGAGUGGAGGAAGAAGUUUUGGUGGAAAAAGGAGAUGUGGUAUUUAUUGCUUGUGGGACUAAAAUACAAUGGACGGCAGAAGAUAAAUUGGAAGCUUUCCGUGCUUUUGUUGAAGCGUGA